AUGCCUUCUCCGUCGAAGGCAUUGGACAGGAUCUUUCCCGUCGCACCCAUGGUUCUUGUCGCUGGGCCUCGGCCCCCCCAUGAUUGUUUUUUGUUUGGAGGAGACCCACCUUCGCCGAUGGCUCAUAUGUUCUUGAGAGCCACUUCCCGUGAAGUCGGUGAAUCAUCUUUGCGUGGGUGCACAAAAGCCACAUCGCACUCUGGAGACAAGCAUGAAGCCUCAAUAUGCCGGCAAUCCUUAGGAUACCAUCAGGGUUUGCGGGUUUCCAGAACUUGA